CUAUACUGAUGAUCCGGCGAUAUAAUAGCCGUCAGCAAAACUACCGUUAUUAUGUGCGAACUAUGACCGACGUAGCAAGUCCUUAAAGCGUUGCCGUUCAAAUUUUUCUCGGGAAUCAAGCAGUCACUUUUCUUUUUCUCUAUCCCCCGUCUUACAUGUCUCCAAAAAUCUAAAGAUGAAUCCACUAGAUCAAGCCGCAGACCAGUUCUCUUCCUUCCCUCCUCUCCAGUUCAUUCCAUAUCCACCUCCACUAAACCCUAACCCCAAUCCCAAUCCUAAUCCGAGUCCAAAUAAUGCAAGUAACACCGCAAUCCAAAACCCUAACCUUGCCUCAACGAACCUUCUAUCAUUCACAGUCCCCAAGAAGCGAAGGCGAGGCCGGCCUCAACGCAAAGCGACGUCGUUUCUUCUUCCUCCCAUCCCCAACAUUACGCUCAACGGUAAUAACGGUCCCAUCCCCUCUUCUAUUUCUUCGUCUACUACUUCAGUUUCAGCUCCUUUCGGACCCAACGAACAAAACACCAAUUUUUUAACACAAAGGGUAUCCGAUACCACGGACGAGAUCAUUGUGAUUAAUAAAGAAUCCACGGCUGAGGCCUUGAUUGCGCUCUCGGCUGGGUUUCCCGCCGAUUCUCUCACCGAGGAGGAGAUUGAUGCCAGGGUUGUCCCCGUUAUCGGGGGGAUUGAACAGGUCAAUUACAUUCUUAUUCGGAACCACAUUAUUGCGAAAUGGCGCGAGAAUGUGUCAAAUUGGGUCACCAAAGAGAUGUUUGUCGAUACUAUACCUAAACAUUUCCAUGUUCUUUUGGAUUCUACUUAUAAUUAUCUAGUUUCACAUGGCUACAUUAAUUUUGGUGUUGCCCCGGCGAUCAAGGAGAAGGUCCCGGCUGAACCCACUAAGCCGAGUGUGAUAGUGAUUGGUGCUGGGCUUGCGGGCCUGGCUGCUGCUCGGCAAUUGAUGAGAUUCGGAUUCAAGGUGACUGUUUUGGAGGGUAGGAAGCGAGCGGGUGGGCGGGUUUACACAAAGAAAAUGGAGGGAGGGAACAGGGUGUGCGCAGCGGCAGAUUUAGGGGGUAGUGUUUUGACUGGUACUUUAGGGAACCCACUCGGGAUCGUGGCUCGACAAUUGGGUUCUUCGCUUCAUAAGGUGAGAGAUAAGUGCCCACUUUAUAGUUUGGAUGGAAAGCCAGUUGACCCCGAUAUGGAUAUGAAGGUGGAAACAGCUUUUAACCGUCUUUUGGACAAGGCAAGUAGGCUUAGGCAGUUAAUGGGGGAGGUCUCGGUGGAUGUAUCUCUUGGUGCAGCAUUGGAAACCUUCCGUCAGGUUUAUGGGGAUGCAGUGAAUGAUGAGGAGAUGAACUUGUUUAAUUGGCAUCUUGCAAAUUUGGAAUAUGCCAAUGCCGGUUUGCUUUCAAAACUUUCCCUUGCAUUUUGGGACCAAGAUGACCCAUAUGAUAUGGGAGGGGACCAUUGCUUCUUGCCUGGAGGGAAUGGAAGACUGGUUCAGGCUUUGGCUGAGAAUGUGACGAUUCUAUAUGAGAAAACAAUACACACAAUUAGAUAUGGUAGUGAUGGUGUGCAGGUCAUUGCAGGGAGUCAGGUCUUUGAAGGUGAUAUGGCGCUUUGUACAGUUCCACUAGGGGUUCUAAAAUGUGGUUCCAUAAAGUUUAUUCCAGAGUUGCCUCAGAGAAAGCUCGAUGGAAUAAAGAGAUUGGGAUUUGGGUUGUUGAAUAAGGUGGCAAUGCUGUUUCCUCAUGUAUUUUGGGGCACAGAUCUUGAUACUUUUGGGCAUCUUUCCGAUGAUCCAAGCCGUCGAGGGGAGUUCUUUCUCUUUUACAGCUAUGCAACAGUUGCCGGUGGUCCUCUCUUGAUUGCUUUGGUAGCAGGAGAAGCAGCUCACAAGUUUGAGAGCAUGCCCCCCACAGAUGCUGUGACCCGUGUUCUUCAAAUUCUUAAAGGUAUCUAUGAACCACAAGGAAUCAAUGUCCCAGAGCCUAUCCAAACAGUUUGUACCAGAUGGGGUGGUGAUCCCUUCAGUCUAGGUUCUUACUCUAAUGUCGCAGUUGGGGCAUCAGGAGAUGAUUAUGAUAUUUUAGCUGAAAGUGUGGGAGAUGGAAGGCUUUUCUUUGCUGGGGAAGCCACCACUAGGCGAUACCCUGCAUCUAUGCAUGGAGCUUUUCUCAGUGGGUUAAGAGAAGCUGCAAAUAUGGCUCACUAUGUUAAUGCACGGACCUUGAGGAAAAAGGUUGAUAGGAGCCCAUCAAAAAAUGCCCAUUCUUGUGCUUCCGUCCUUGCAGAUUUAUUUAGAGAACCUGAUCUAGAAUUUGGUAGCUUUUCUGUUAUUUUUGAUCGGAAAAAUGCUGAUCCCAAGUCAACAGCAAUUUUGAAGGUGACAUUUAGUGAGCCUCGAAAGAAGAGUCAUCAUGAUGGGUCAAAACCAGAUCAACAGCAUUCAAAGAAGUUACUUUUUCAGCAGCUUCAGUCACAUUUUAAUCAUCAACAACAGCUUCAUGUUUACACUUUGUUAUCAAGGCAACAGGUGCUUGAGCUGAGAGAGGUGAGAGGGGGUGAUGAAAUGAGGUUGAAUUACCUCUGUGAAAGGUGGGGAGUGAAGCUUGUGGGAAGAAAAGGUCUGGGGCCUACUGCAGAUUCUGUUAUUGCUUCCAUUAAGGCUGAGAGGGGCAAUCGAAAACCUGCUUCAACUGCUUUGGCUCUUAAAUCAGGGACAUCAAAGCUGAAAACAGGCAUUUUGAAGCGAAAAAUGGUGAGAAAGGCCAAAAUAGUGCGCAGCAGCAAUGGGUCAACAGCCCCUGCUAAUUCAAAUGUGGUAAAUGGUAAAGUGCCAGGGGAAACUAGGACAGCAGAGGAAACUAGAACCGCAGAUCAAAUGCUUCUUGACACUCUUGGUUCAGGGCAAAAUCAAGGUGACAUGCUGAAGAAGUGAGUUGAAAACCUUGAGAGGUGAGAUGCCAUAAACCCUUAUUGACUCUUCAUGAACAUUGGAAUGUAUGUUUUUGUGGUUCAACCGUUUUCCCCUGUAACCUUUCCGGCAGAAACAAUUAUUGUAUCCUAACCUGCUUUUCUUCUCUAGAUCAUAGUCAUCUUUGGUGGGGCAAGUAGUUAAAUAUGCAUUCUUGCAAAGGUUAUUUUGCAAUUUUAAUUUAACCUGACAAGGCAUUGUCUUCUGUUUGAAGAUCUGACUAAAAAGAAUGUUAUUCCAUACUUAUUUUGUGAAGUUCAAAUGUGAUUUUUUUUUUAUCACUAAACAAGAAUUUUAUUGAUUAUAGAUAGGCAUAGCCCAAGUAGUGAGGUUCAAAUGUGAUUAGUGGCUAGCAUGUUAAUAAGUCUCUUAUUUUGGUUUGAAAAAUGAGCGAGGGACACAUGUUUCAAGAAUCGACGUGGUUGAGCGUUCUCGGGAAAAAUGGAUUGUCAAUGUUUACUUUUGAGCACUAGCAGACUAGUAGAUAGUAUGAAAAGAAUCUACUAGAAUUUUUGCCGAGGGCCUAUGUACCCCCGGGAUUAGUCGGGAUGUUGUUCCUGGACACCUGUUGUCAAUCAAAAAAAAGAAUCUACUAGAAUUUUAAUAAAUCUAGUCAGUUAAAAUCUUGGUCCAUAUGAACCAUAAAACAUCAACUCUGGAUCCUCCUCCUCACCCCCGAUCUGCUGCGAGGGAAUUACUUGCUUGGUUCUUUGUAUAUUUGAACUCUGUCCGUUUUGUCGAGCACUAACCUCUUUGUCUGUGAAUGCUUGCCAAAAAAACUAGUGAAGGAUUUGCCCCUCUCCACCUAUGGAUCUAAUAAGUGCUAAUGUGCAAUCUGUGUUCAAGUUUUUUGCCAACCUCUAGCUGUAGAAAAAUUAUAUUUGCAAGGGGAGAGACGGUUUGUAUGUUGGACUCAGCUAUAUUUAUUUAGUAUCUUUAGCUGGAUGAUUGCCAGUGCUAUUGUGAGCUGGGCGAAAAUGUCUGCCAUUUGCAGGAGGACAAUGCUGUUGCCGGUUGGCUUCUCUGGUAAUAAGUCACAAAUGCAAUAUCAAAGAGAGCAUGAGCAAUCUGCAAGCCAACUUCUGUAGAUGCCCUUGAAUUGCUUGGAGUUUUGUGAUCAGACCAGUGUUUGCCUAUGCCUCCAGUGAAAUUCAUGAAAACGAUGAUGCCCCAGAAAUACCGAUCGGCCACAAAGUUCGUUGCUGAGGUGUAGAUAUACCAUGAGGAGUGGUCGUAUGAAGUAUAUACAAUGGGGGGCAACUGCCUCGAUGUUGAGAUGCAUCGUGUGUUCGAGAUAUUUGAAUUUCUAUCUUGUCGUGACUCGUGUAUCGGAAACCAAAUCUUAUUUCUAUGUCAUUUCCUAAGAAAAAACUCAUCUAGAGCAACAGUGAACACGCUAUUGUUUUUAUGAACUUUUUCACUGUGGACCAUAAUGUAACUUGAAUAGAAUUUGUUUGUCUUCUGAA